AUGCUUCUAAACACAUUUCUUCUUCGAGAGGGCCUCGUCGCGGUUCUUCUCUUUUUCAUAACCCGCUUUUUCAUUCAUUCUGUCUUUACAAAAUCAUCGCGUCACCCACUUCCUCCGGGUCCGAGAGGAUGGCCACUCAUUGGUGCUCUUCCUCUCCUAGGCACCAUGCCCCAUGUCAGCCUUGCCAAAAUGGCAAAAAAAUAUGGACCUGUGAUGUACCUCAAAAUGGGAACAUGUGACAUGGUGGUGGCGUCGACUCCAGACGCCGCUCGCGCCUUUCUGAAAACCCUAGACCUCAAUUUCUCUAACCGUCCUCCCAAUGCCGGCGCCACCCAUUUGGCUUAUAACGCUCAAGACAUGGUUUUCGCCGACUAUGGACCACGGUGGAAGUUGCUCCGGAAGUUAAGCAACUUGCACAUGCUCGGCGGUAAGGCGCUUGAAGAUUGGGCUAAUGUUCGCAACAUCGAGCUUGGUCACAUGCUUCGAGCCAUGUGUGACUCUAGCCGGCGACGGGAACCUGUGGUGGUGCCGGAAAUGUUAAAUUACGCAAUGGCAAACAUGAUCGGGCAAGUAAUCCUCAACCGUCGCGUUUUCGUGACAAAAGGCUCAGAAUCUAAUGAGUUCAAGGACAUGGUGGUGGAGCUGAUGACCUCUGCAGGAUUUUUCAACAUUGGUGAUUUCAUUCCGUCAAUUGCUUGGAUGGAUUUACAAGGCAUCGAACGAGGAAUGAAGAAAUUACACAAAAAGUUUGAUAUUUUAAUAACAAAAAUGAUGGAAGAGCAUAUCGCAACCAGCCAUGAGCGUAAAUCUAAACCAGAUUUUCUCGAUAUUAUUAUGGCUAACCGGGACAACUCCGAUGGUAAGAGACUCAGCAUCACCAAUAUUAAAGCUCUCCUCUUGAACUUAUUCACUGCUGGCACUGACACAUCAUCGAGCAUUAUCGAGUGGUCAAUGGCGGAGAUGUUGAAGAGCCCUAGAAUUCUGAAGCGGGCACAAGACGAGAUGGACCAAGUGAUUGGCAGGAACCGGAGGCUAGAAGAAUCAGACAUAUCAAAGCUCCCAUACUUACAAGCCAUAUGCAAAGAAUCAUUUCGGAAGCACCCAUCAACACCUCUCAAUCUGCCUCGGAUCUCAACCGAAGCCUGCGUUGUAAAUGGUUACUACAUUCCUGCAAACACCAGACUCAGUGUGAACAUUUGGGCAAUCGGGCGAGACCCCGAAAGGUGGGAGAAUCCUUUAGAGUUUACACCAGAGAGAUUUUUGAGUAAGAAGUAUGCAAAGAUUGAUCCGCGAGGAAAUGACUUUGAGUUGAUACCGUUUGGGGCAGGAAGGAGAAUUUGUGCUGGGACUAGAAUGGGAAUAGUUCUAGUUGAGUACAUUUUGGGAACUUUGGUUCAUUCUUUUGACUGGGAAUUACCACAUGGAGUUGAGUUAAACAUGGAUGAGGCUUUCGGUCUUGCUCUGCAAAAAGCUGUGCCACUUGCGGCAAUAGUUUACCCGCGGCUUGCUCCAAAUGCUUACGUAUCUUAA